AGAACUACAUUACCCAUCAGCCUUGCGCUGUCUGCGGAUGAUGACGCAGGGCGGUAACAACACACGGCGGGAAGCGGAAAAGUUUUUCCAAGAAUCAAAACAGAAUAUAUUCAGCUGAUUUCCAGGAGUGCCGCAACAAGAAAGAUGGACGGGAGGAGUCUGUACCAAGAUCUGAAGAGCUGGGCCUCCGAGGAGUUCCAGCUGCCUGAACGCAAACUGCCGUGUGACAGCUUCUUCAGAAAGCUGUGUCUCGGGCAAGGUACAGACAUCUGGAAGUACGUCACUCAGCACGUUCACCAUCAGAGAAAUGUGAAGAUCAUGAGAGGGAAUCUUCAAUGGUACAAAGUGAUGCAGGAGUUUGAGGUGAGGAGGGGAGAGGCUCAGAGCGAGGCUGAGAGGAGGAAGGCGAUUCAGAGAGAGGUGCUGGAGCUGAGGUCAGAGCUGGAGCAGCUGGACUCCCAGAUUGAGAUGGCACAGUGCGAGUUCACUAUCAACGAGAAUUCAGUCAGAGAGACCUGGGAGCGCGCUGUCGAGUCUAAGAAGAGGGACGUGCUUUUGAGAUCGUACGCGGAGCGCUGUGUUCGGGACAGGCAGCGAACGAGUGAGGAUAUCCACAGGAUCCGCGGGCACCGCCAGACACUGGAGCAGCUGACCAGGAAAGCUGAAGUGGAGGUUGGGUUUGGAGGGACCCCAGCUAGUGGUGGAUCAGCUGGCCCUGAACCCCAGAUUCUGCGUGAGGUGAAGCAGGUCUGUCAGGAGAGGUUUCAGUUCUUCCAGUCUCUUCUGGACAGUGAGCUGGGGACGGCGACAUCGGAGGCGCGUUUGUGUCGGGAGGGUCGGGACGCUGCCUUUCAGCACUGGCUCAGUUCAGUGGAGGAUUUGAUUCGCUCCCAUCCUCCCAAUCACAUGCUGGGAGCGCUGGAGGACCUGGCCUCCCAGAGGCAGGCAGCGCUGCGGGAGAAGACAGCCGGGAUCAACGUGUCCCGGGAUGUGCUGGCACUCCGGUUUCGUUAUGAGAGCCAGCAUCUGCAGGAUGUGUCCGAGGAACAGGAGCUGCUCCCUUCAGUGAAGUGGCUUCUGCAGGAAGGCUGGAGUGGGGUGGAGGAGAGGGGCGUGUCUCUGGUUGCUCUCCUCUCUCAGGAGAGGGAGCUCUCUGCUCUGCUGGACACCAAGAGGAAAGAGUCGGCUCUUGUGCUGGCAGGAGACUCCCAGGUGGCCUGCCUUGCUCGGGCUGUGUUUGAUCUGGAGCUGCAGCUCACCAUGGUGAAGGCACGGAGGGACUGUCUGCAGAAGCAAUGCCAGGACUGGGCAGAGACAGCCAGGGGCAAACAGGGGGCCAUCCUGGCACUGCAGCACAAGUGGCAAAGCAUCAUGGACUUCAGGCAGCUAGUGGAUAAGAAGCAGGAGCAGAUUCGGGGCCUCAUCAAAGGAAACUCCACAGCCAAAGCUGAGCUGAUGAAAGUCAAAGCAGAGAUCGAGCUCUUCGUACAGGACAGGCUGCAGCGUCACCAGAGGGAUGUGGAGUUGGGGGCGCAGGAGAUGCACAGCGCUGUCAGCACAGAGCUGCGGCAGUUUGGGGGCCUCUCCCUGGCCGCACUGUCCCGGAGGAACGUGGACGGUGUACUGCGAGUUCCAGCUCACAAGCUCUCUAUUCACCGUCUGGACGCCUCGGCUCCGUUUGAGUCACGAAUCUUCGACAGCACCUGUCAGAGCCUGGCCUUCCCCCGCUACAGGGCUCCGGAGCAGCUCAGCUUCCACACAAUGGCUCUCAAGCUGGAUCUGAGACGCCUGCAACACCUCCUGGAACUCAAGCAGAGCUGCUUACACAGCGUUCACCAGCAGGAGGAGCUGCUGCCCGCCGCUGAUCUGCAGGCUCUGUUGCAGUGUGUGAGGUCGGAGGACAGGGAGUUGGUCACUAACCUCCUGCCCACUGUCCAGCAUCUCUCCCAGCAGAGCAGCCAGUGUCUGGAGUACGGCUCUGAGGUCAAGGCGGCCGUGACGCAGUGGUGGGAGCAGCCGGCUCAGCUCUGCCUCCCUGAGGAGAGGAGACACGGCCUGACCCUGCAGCAGUGGAUCGAGAGGUGGAGCAUGGCAGCCAAGGCACUACAGCAGAGACAAGGGGGCUGGCAGUGAGGCCUGGGGGGGAGGGGGUCCAGUGGUUCAUGAAAAGGGGCUUCAUACCAGGAGGUUCAAAUCCCUCCUCAAUCACUGUGUGCGACCCUGAGCAAGUCGCUUCACCUCCUUGUGCUCCGUCCUUCGGAUGAGACCUAAAACAAACGAGGCCCUAUUGGAAGUGACUCUGCAGCAGCAGUUGAUGAUGCAGAGUUCACCCCCCUAGUCUCUGGAAGUCUCUUUGGAUAAAAGCGUCUGAUAAUUGACUCAUUAUUAAUAAAAAUAACACUGCACACACACAGCCAGCACCCAUCUUUAGAAAGACUAGACGUUCCGUUCAGGGGGGUAUUAUUAAAGAAAUGUAUAAUAUUAUUAGAAUCAAAGCAAGGGGAGGCGUGACUGAGAAUGUGGUCCCGCGGUGAUUUCCAGAUUCUCGUUCAGAUUCGGAUUGCAGAUCAUUUUCUGUGUCAGGAGGUGAUGAUUCGAAAUGAUUUACCAAGUGGACUUCAGAACUUCCCUUGUUGAAAUGACUGUGGGUCAGGAAUUUGAGUGCCAGCAAAUCAGGGCCCUGCUAAAUCUGAUUUGAAAAAGUCACGUUUCUCACAGCAUUAGAAAAAAAGGUCUGUAGGUUUAAUAAUAAGAGAUAUUUUUGCAGUUAUGAUGGAUUUUUUUUUUGUUUUAUGUAUAUGCUGGGGUCCGAUUUGCUCAAACUCCUAUCCCCUGAUCAUUUAUAUUGUAUCCCCUUCAGUCGCUGUGUUUUUUUUUUUUUUUCAAAGUUAA